GUUAACUACAUAGACAUAAGCGAAGCCGCCAUAUUGCUUACACCGUUUACACAUUAAACCACUUCUGAUAGCUAUAUAUCUAUGGCUACUGUACCCAUAGAGAAGGCUAGCUAGCAGCUAGCUGGUUAACCGUAGUUCAUAACAGCGUUAACAUUAACGUUACAUAACUUUGGGUCGUGUCCCACCAGGGAAAUAGCGGCCUAGAGGAGCCAACGCAUAAGUUAGCUACCACUGUAGGCACUGUGACAUUAGUACGACACACUGACCUGUCAAACUUAAACAAGAGAGCGAAAGCUGCUGCAGUGACUUUGCAUAAUUGUUUUUCUUCCGAAGGGGCUGUGUCAGUAACGUUACGCGACUGGUUUCAUCAUCGUGCCCUGAUUUUGAGCCAAAGGAAGUUAUGUCCUGUCCAUGCACUUCGGCUGCCAGGUUGUUCCUAAACACUGCCCACAGAGGAUUGUCCUGCUCCCGGAUCCAGUUAUUUUCUCUGAGUCGUCAAGGGUCUCGGGAAACUCAUUUACCUCCCCAGGUACGAGUGAGGUCGUUUUCAGAGACUGCUGUCUGCUAUGCCGCUAAGGAUGGGACAACAAAGGACAGUGGAAGUGAUGGUGGAAAGAAAAACCUCAGUGAGGGGAAGAGACUCUCUGGCUCCGGAGGAUCAGGCAAGGGGGGAAGCCAGCUACGCUGCCCUAAAUGUGGAGAUCCCUGCACCCAUGUAGAGACCUUUGUAUCAUCAACACGGUUUGUCAAAUGUGAGAAAUGCCAUCACUUUUUCGUGGUUCUGUCUGAAACGGACUCUAAGAAGGGACUAAACAAAGAGCCAGAAUCUGCUGCGGAGGCAGUGAAACUGGCUUUUGCACAGAAACCUCCCCCUCCCCCCAAGAAGAUAUAUGCUUACCUCGACAAGUACGUUGUUGGCCAGUCUUAUGCAAAAAAGGUGUUAGCAGUUGCUGUGUACAAUCACUACAAGCGCAUCUAUAACAACAUCCCUGCUGGCAGUCGACAGCAGGUGGAGGUGGAAAAACAGCCGUCUCUAACACCUCGUGAGCUAGAGAUGAGAAGACGAGAGGAUGAGUACAGGUUCACAAAACUGCUGCAGAUUGCGGGGAUCAGUCCUCAUGGAAAUGCUCUGGGGGCAUCGUCCAUGCAGCAACAGGCGAGCCAGCAGGCACCUCAGGAGAAGAGGGGCGGGGAGGUCCUGGACUCCACACACACUGAAAUUAAACUGGAGAAGAGCAACAUCAUACUACUAGGUCCAACUGGCUCAGGAAAAACAUUGUUGGCACAGACACUGGCACGUUGUCUGGAUGUUCCCUUUGCAAUAUGCGAUUGCACCACGCUAACUCAAGCUGGAUACGUGGGAGAAGACAUCGAGUCAGUUAUUGCCAAACUGCUGCAAGAUGCCAACUACUCAGUGGAGAAAGCACAGCAAGGUAUUGUGUUUCUGGACGAGGUUGAUAAGAUUGGCAGUGUGCCUGGAAUCCAUCAGCUGAGAGAUGUAGGAGGAGAGGGAGUCCAGCAGGGCUUGCUUAAACUCUUGGAGGGCACAGUCGUCAAUGUUCCUGAGAAAAACUCCAGGAAACUGAGAGGAGAAACGCUGCAGGUAGACACAACAAACAUUCUGUUUGUUGCGUCCGGUGCCUUCAACGGACUCGACAGAAUCAUCAGCAGAAGAAAGAAUGAAAAGUAUUUGGGUUUUGGAACUCCCUCCAACCUGGGGAAAGGGCGCCGUGCAGCGGCUGCUGCAGACCUGGCCAACACCAGCGGUGAGACGGACACUGUGGCAGAGAUUGAGGAGAAGGACAGACUGCUGAAGCACGUUGAGGCCAGGGACCUGAUUGAGUUUGGAAUGAUCCCAGAGUUUGUUGGUCGACUUCCUGUGGUCGUUCCUCUGCACAGCCUGGAUGAAGAAACGCUAGUCCGAAUCUUGACUGAACCACGCAAUGCUGUGGUGCCCCAGUACCAGGCUCUGUUCAGCAUGGACAAAUGUGAACUCAAUGUGACUCCGGAUGCCUUGAGGGCCAUAGCCAGGAUGGCCCUGGAGAGAAAAACUGGAGCUCGUGGGCUCAGAUCCAUAAUGGAAAAGCUCCUUCUAGAGCCCAUGUUUGAGGUGCCACACUCUGACAUCAUGGCUGUUGAGCUGAACAAAGACAUUGUCCUAGGAAAAUCACAACCCAGAUAUAUCAGAGCUCCAGCCAAGGAGUCUACAGAAGAGGAAUACGACUCGGGCAUUGAGGAAGAGAACUGGCCUCGGCAGGCGGACGCUGCUAACAACUGAACCAUGUCGCUAAUUUCACCCAAAGACAGUCUCUGAAAUCUUUAGAUCACUAUGAACGUCUGGAUCACAACUCUGGGUUUUACUCUAGCCCCUGACAAACUGUGGACCCUAUAGUCGAGGUAAUGAUGGCUGGUGGUUUCCACUGAAGAGUGUUUUCUCAAUGAACAAGUUAAGAGAGUAACAACCUUUGGUCCCGUGCAUCAGAUGUUAAUUCUCUAGCGGUGCACUCACAGGGUGGACCUUUUAUAAAAUAUUUCAAUCUCUGGGGAUUGUUAACAUUUUUAUCUAUAUAAAGAUAAUGCAAUUGUAUUCAUGAAAUUAUUUGUAGCUAGUUUAUUUGUUUUCUCUUUUUUUGUGGUGAUGGGCUGUAUUGGCAAGGGAAGCAAAUGGAUAUUAUGGGAUCCUACUGACACUUGAAAAGAAGUGGAGCUGAGGAAGUGUAGAUGUGACCAUGUCAAGUGAUGCCUGAUAUCAUAAGGCCAUAAUAUUCCAAGAGCACAUGACUAUUUUGAUGUUCUUUACCACCAUUGUGAUAAUGGUGUUCACAGUCAAACUUGGCUGUAACUGUUGAGCUACGCUGCAUUUAUAAACAGUUUGUAUGACAUGACCUCUAAUUAAAGUUCACAAAAACACAUUGUGAAGUGUAACGCACCUGCACACUAAACAGAGAAGGUGAAAAAUGAUGGUAACCUUUUUAAACAACCAGAAUGGUUAUUUUUCAGUGUUUUUCUUCCUCUUGUAGCCCACUCUUUAGGGAAUGUAUCUGUUUCUCCCAGACCUCUUUAUGACAGAACUGGAUCAGAAGACAGAGCAGGAUUAGCAGGUCCGCCAGGUAACUUUGAAGUGUUAAUGAGGUAUCCUCUGAAGUUUUGUAGUAGAUAUCCUCCAACUUAGAGUACAUGAAUGAAUCCUGUUUUAAAAUCUGACAUUCAAGCUUCAUUGUACGGAUUCAAAUCCUAAUUUGACAGAAUCUUUUUCACAGUAGGCUGGAUGCCGCUCCCAACCCGCUUUGUCAGACACCCCUAAGCACAACAUACCUAUUUUUACUUUCUUUGUGUGCCCCAGCGUUAUAAACUAAACCUCACCGGUAGUGAUAUAAUAUCCUGUUACUAAAUGGUAUCUCAAUACACACGUCUGUAAUCAAGCCUAAAUGCUCUCUGACUGAACCACGCUGCUAUACUCUUUAAAAUGCUGUUUGUGCUAUAAAAUAAGAUUAAACUAGAUCUGUUCUUCCUUUGCUUUUAAGUUUCCUUUUCUUUCAGUUAAAUUUAAAAACUGCUUUUCUGUUUUCAGAGGUCUGUUACAGAACCUGUAAGCCCCCCACGUUUGUGAAUCUUAAAUGUAUUGUGAUUGUUUAAAAUAUAUAAAUAAAAUGUAAAUCUCUGUA